AUGGGACGCAAUUCUUCGAUGAAGGGUUGCAGCGAGUCCCUAGCAAGGACUGAUGUGAGAUGCACAUCUGCAGAAUUCCACAACGACGGAGCAUUCCUUGUCUUCCUCCGAUAUAACUAUAACGAUUAUCUGUUGCACCUGUUUACAAGGAAUGUAUCUCCCUACUUUGACACGCACAGCCCCAUAGAGGGAGCGGACGUAACACGAGGGAGUCUCCAGAAGGACGUAUCCAACUGUGAGGGCUUAGUUUUGGCAUCUUUUUGA